UCUGCAUACGUUCUUCUCGGCUUAUCAAAACAUCACGCAAAAAACAACAAUUAUUUAACUGGCAGCAUAAAAAGGCAGGUUCGUAGUUCGAGAUACGACAUGAUUAAGCUGUUUUUGUGCCUUAUGGCAGUUACCAUCGGUCACAUAUCAGCAGUGUCCUACAACUCCCCUUGCGGAAGUAUACCGUUUCGACAUCCCUAUCCACGUGAUCCCCACAACUCACCAAACCGAGUCGGCGUUGUUCCAGCCCGUCUAGUUGGAGCUACAAGUUCUGAAUCGGAAGAGUCACGCGAAGAAGGCGAAAAAUCGGUUCCUACUCCAGCUCCCUGUGAAACAACAAAAAAUCUUCUGCCAGUUUCCAUAUGCAUCCAACUGCCACCUAAUACUCCACUGACCAUGUCAAAGAGUGUUCUACAGCAAAUCAUUUACUCCUUAACGGACAAAACUAACACCAUUGAUCCGCUGAUAGAGGAAAUUCCUUCCAUCCCGUCCCAUCCUGCAGUGCUUUCUCCGCAACCAGUUCAAAAUCCCACGCCAUCAGUUUCAAGUCCACAGCAGCCAGUAUAUGGAACAGAUGUACCGCAACCACGCGUGUGUCCACUUCAGCGCCCCUAUCCGGAACCAUCCGCCAACAUCUAUCCAAUUCGCACGGCAGCCUCGGCCUAUCCAACGGACGUCUCACGCUAUGAUGAACCACCUAGACCUGCACCAGUACCAGAACCGGUAAGCCAACCACCACGUUAUCCUAGCAAUGAUCUGGCAAUCGGACAACCAGCUUUCAUGCCACCGAGUCAACCUGCACCCAGCGCUUAUUGCUUUGGUGGUCACUGCGGAUUAUCAUUGCAACCACGGUACAAUCAGUAAAAAAAAGGUUGCACUAUAUGCAACGAAACAUCAGUAUUUCAUCAAUCGUCAUUGUCAGAAAACAAAAUGCUGACAAAAUGUUCAUCGUCAUAUCUCAUGUAUGUAAUAAUUUAUUAUUUCAGUGCAGUAACUGCGAAGAGAAUUAAACAAUUUAAGAACCUUUUUUUGUUAAAUAAAAGUAUCUAUUUAAACCCUAAA